GUUUGCCUCCAAAAAUAGUUUAGUCCUUAGGAGAAUUUUAUCUUGAGUGAGGUUUCCCGUCUUUUCUUAGCUGGGCCACCUUUGUGACGGACCAACGGAGCUAACAAGAGAUAAACAGCCUUCAAAACCCGCCCGUAGCUCGGGUAAAUAGGUUUGUCUCAAUGGAGAAGGACACAAGCGAUUCCGUGAUAUUCGCCUGCAGUACGCAUAUGGUAAAGACUUUCAUGCGUUUUGAAGACUUUAGAAAAAAUUCACAGCUUUGCGACAUCAAGAUAGUCAUCGGAGACAAAAGGAUAAGAGCACACAAACUCGUCCUGGCUUCGUUUAGUGACUAUUUUAGUGCGAUGUUUACAGGCGACAUGGCCGAAACAUCCCAAAACACAGUACAUCUGACCGAUAUGGACCCGGCCGCCGUACAGGCUUUAAUAUCCUACGCUUACACUUCAGAAAUUGAGAUUCGAGUAGAUAACGUAGAAAAUUUACUAUCUGUUGCGUGCAUCCUGCAAAUAGACGAGGUGAAAAACGCCUGUUCAGAAUUUAUGCGUCACCAACUCCAUCCUUCGAACUGUUUGGGAAUUCGUUCGUUCGCCGACGGACACGGCUGUGCGCAUCUUCUAAAAGCCGCAGAUGCAUUUACAAAAGAACAUUUUGUUGAAGUCGUUAAGAAUCAAGAAUUUCUACUUUUAAGCGCCGAGAGCGUAGGGGAACUCUUGUCCAGUGAUGAUCUAAACGUUUCGUCAGAAGCUGAUGUGUUUUGCGCACUUAAUAUUUGGUUACGCGAAGACAUUAAUUCCAGAAAAAUGCACAUUUAUCCUCUUUUAUCUCUCGUGCGGCUGCCUCUUUUGUCCCCGAAGUUUUUGGUUGAUCACGUUGAGUCGUCUCCGUUGUUUCGCGAAAGCGUCCCGUGCAAGGAACUCAUAAUCGAGGCAAUGAAAUAUCACUUGUUACCCACUAGGAGGUUUGAACUUCAGAAUGCAAGGACAAAACAUCGCAAAUCGACUGUUGGAAAACUUUAUGUUGUGGGAGGUUCUUUAUCUUCAUGUAUAGGUAUGGACACAUCAAAAGGUGCAAUAAACAUUGAACAAUACAGUCUGUUGACAAAUGAGUGGACUUGUGUCGGCCCCAUGGCAUCCCGGAGGCUACAGUUUGGUGCAGCCGUGCUCGGCAACAAUCUGUACAUUGUUGGGGGACGUGAUGGUCUUAAAACUCUCAGCACGGUAGAGUGUUAUGAUCCAAAGACCAUGCAGUGUAUGUCUGUCACAUCAAUGAACACUCAUCGGCAUGGAUUAGGUGUGGCUGCUCUUAAUGGACCUUUGUAUGCUAUAGGGGGUCACGAUGGGUGGUCCUAUCUUAGCACAGUGGAAAGGUAUGACCCUGAUACAAAACAAUGGAGUUUUGUGGCAGCAAUGAGCACUCCUCGCAGUACAGUGGGAGUGGCUGUAAUGGAUGGCAAGCUGUAUGCAGUGGGAGGCAGAGAUGGGUCGUCCUGUCUAAACUCAGUGGAGUGCUAUGACCCACACACCAAUAAGUGGAAGAUGGUUUCCCCCAUGCUCAAGCGAAGAGGAGGUGUUGGGGUUACUGUUCUUGGAAGCUUUCUGUAUGCUAUGGGUGGUCAUGACGUUCCAGCAAGUCAAGAAUGUUCUCGCCAGUUUGAAUCUGUGGAACGCUACGACCCCAAUACGGACCAAUGGACUAUGGUCCAACCAAUGAUAAACUGCAGGGACGCUGUUGGUGUGGCAUGUUUGGGUGAUAGGCUGUACGCAGUUGGGGGAUACAAUGGUUCAAAGUACCUCAGUGCUGUUGAGUCAUAUGACCCAAUCAAUAACGAAUGGAAAGAGGUUGCUUCUUUGAACGCAGGUCGUGCCGGUGCAUGUGUAGUCACUGUCAUAGAUAAUUGAUACCUGGUUUUAUUUUAUUACAUUCAAUUUACCAUCUUGCACAUUUGUGGUUUUCAAAACAUUGUUUAGUUAAAGUCAUGCGAUUAAAGAACAACCAGUAAAACCGUGAACACUGGAGAUAGGUAUGUAAUAUUUGUCAUGACCAAUCACUUGCGAGUUAUUCAAACAGUCAACUAGAAACAUGUCUCAACAAGUUUCAGUAUCUAAUUCUCGCGUCUGAUUUGUGAGGAGACAAUAAACAUGCCAAACAUAUUUUAGGUGUUCAUGGUGUUACUGGUUGGGAUGUAAAUGAGUAUUGUGAAAGUAAGAAUUAGCAAUUGGAGGAUCACAAGAAACUCAGGGGCGGGUCUAGUUUUUCGCUAAAGGGGAGUUUGGCUCAGUGCCAAAGGGGGAGGGGGUAAUUUGUUUUUGUUACAUAUUCCUUUCUGGCAGCCCAAAGGGAUAGGGGUUAACUCCCCCCCCCCCCCCCCCCCCCUAGAUCAGCUACUGAAACUAAUGAAAUUCAAAACCCAUUGUCUCAAAAUAAGUGCCUCUUAUUAUUUCCAUGUCUGAGAAGAUGAUAGGUACCAGAUGAAGACUUUUUAUACAGUAACAAACCAGUGAUGAUGUGCUAUCCUAUUUUGACAUCACAGUGAAGUGAUGAUAGCUGCAACUGAUUUAGAAGCCAGGCUUAAAUAGAAAACAAGUGAAUUAAAUAUGUCAGACUUUUCUACAACAAAAUUGUAUUGAAGUCAGACAAUUAAUUCUUGGAAAUCUUUAUUUUUUUAUAAUAAAGUUGUUGUCAGAAGA